AUGGAUUCCACAGCCUACACUCUCAACUUGACCCUGAAAGAAGAAGAAGAGGAAGAAGAGAUUCAGAGUCGGGAACUGGAGGAUGGCCCCACAGAUAUGCAGAAAGUCCGGAUCUGCUCAGAAGGUGGUUGGGUGCCGGCCCUAUUCGAUGAGGUGGCCAUAUAUUUUUCCGAUGAGGAGUGGGAAGUUUUGACGGAGCAACAAAAGGCCCUCUACCGGGAAGUCAUGAGGAUGAAUUAUGAAACUGUCCUGUCCCUGGAAUUCCCAUUCCCUAAGCCAGACAUGAUCACUCGGUUGGAAGGUGACGAGGAGUCUCAGAAUUCUGAUGAAUGGCAGCUCCAAGGAGGAACCUUGGCAGAAAAUGAAGAGACUGACGUCAAGCCCCCGGACUGGGCGGGUCCGAUGAACGCCACCCCCCACUUUCCUCAGCCACAGCACCUGGACGGCUUUGGCCUCCGCCUGCCGCGGGACCUCACGGAGCUGCCCGAGUGGAGUGAGGGGUACCCCUUCUACAUGGCCAUGGGCUUCCCGGGGUACGACCUCUCGGCGGACGAUAUUGCCGGGAAGUUUCAGUUCAGCAGGGGCAUGCGGCGCAGUUACGACGCGGGGUUCAAGCUCAUGGUGGUGGAAUAUGCUGAGAGCACCAACAACUGCCAGGCUGCCAAGCAGUUUGGAGUGCUGGAAAAGAACGUCCGGGACUGGCGCAAAGUGAAGCCGCAGCUGCAGAAUGCCCACGCCAUGCGGCGGGCGUUCCGCGGCCCCAAGAACGGGCGCUUUGCCCUGGUGGACCAGCGCGUGGCCGAGUACGUCAGGUACAUGCAGGCCAAAGGGGACCCUAUCACCAGGGAGGCCAUGCAGCUGAAAGCCCUCGAGAUCGCCCAGGAGAUGAACAUUCCGGAGAAGGGGUUCAAAGCCAGCUUGGGUUGGUGUCGAAGAAUGAUGCGGAGGUAUGACUUGUCCCUGCGGCAUAAGGUGCCGGUGCCCCAGCAGCUGCCCGAAGACCUGACGGAGAAGCUCGUCACCUACCAGCGGAGCGUGCUGGCCCUGCGCAGGGCGCACGACUACCAGGUGGCGCAGAUGGGGAACGCCGACGAGACGCCCAUCUGUCUAGAGGUGCCCUCGCGGGUGACCGUGGACAACCAGGGCGAGAAGCCCGUCUUGGUCAAGACGCCGGGCAGGGAGAAGCUGAAAAUCACGGCGAUGCUGGGUGUCUUGGCAGACGGGAGGAAGCUGCCCCCGUACAUCAUCUUGAGGGGCACGUACAUCCCCCCCGGGAAGUUCCCCAGCGGGAUGGAGAUCCGCUGCCACCGGUACGGGUGGAUGACGGAGGACUUGAUGCAGGACUGGUUGGAAGUGGUGUGGCGUCGGAGGACCGGCGCGGCGCCCAAGCAGCGAGGGAUGCUGAUCCUGAACGGCUUCCGCGGCCACGCCACGGAUUCCGUGAAGAGCUCCAUGGAGAGCAUGAACACCGACAUGGUCAUCAUCCCCGGAGGCCUGACCUCGCAGCUGCAGGUGCUGGACGUGGUGGUCUACAAGCCGCUCAAUGACAGCGUCCGGGCCCAGUACUCUAACUGGCUCCUGGCCGGGAACCUGGCGCUGAGCCCCACCGGGAACGCCAAGAAGCCGCCCCUGGGCCUCUUCCUGGAGUGGGUCAUGGUCGCGUGGAACAGCAUCUCCAGCGAAUCCAUCGUCCAGGGCUUCAAGAAGUGCCACAUCUCCAGCAAUCUGGAAGACGAAGACGACGUCCUGUGGGAGAUCGAGAGCGAGCUGCCGGGAGGAGGGGAGGGACCCAGAGAAUGCGAUACCGAGAGCGCGCCAGAGGGCAACUGA